AGUUGCGAAGUUCUCGGGGCAAGCGACUCCACGGGAGCGAGCACUGCUGUAGAUUACACACCGGCUAGGGAAGAGCAGGACGGACUGGAACGCCGCUCUCCGACAAACCUGACAAGUAGGGAAAUAGUUUCACACGGUGGCCGGUCGACGGGGAAGUUUACUGGGAGUUUAACUACACCCGGGAGCACCGUCGUGUCGGUGUGUUCCCCCCUGGGAGCCAGCGGAGGAGGUAGGUGAAGGUCUACUGAUGAAGACAUGGUAAUAAAUAUUUUUCUUUUGGGGUGAACAGCCUGGUGGAUAGUAAGAGGCAUCAUGGCAGAUCUGCCUAUUGCCCCGGGCCAGAUCUACAUCGAGGUAGAAUACGACUAUGAGUAUAAGUUUAAAGACCGGCUCAUUAAGAUCCAGCAGGGGGAAUGCUACAUGCUAGUCAAGAAAAGUAAUGAGGAUUGGUGGCAGGUCAAAAAAGAGGAGUCGUCUAAAGCUUUUUAUGUACCUGCUCAAUAUGUCCGAGAAGUCCGCAAAGCCCUCAUGCCACCCCCUAAACCAAUCCUCCAUCUUCCGAGUGCUACUGGUAAUCCAUCUUCACAAAGUGCAGGUGCACGCUGGGUAAAACCAAACAAUCUGGAUCUGGGACUCAACAAUCAUCCCGCUGAGAACCUUCACAGAAAUGAGUCCAACUAUCAGCGCUCCCCUUCAGCACAAACUGGAAACACGGCUAAAUUCACUCCCCCGAUUCAGCGCAGGGACAAUAACCACCAUCAUGCCCCCACCUUUCCCACUGACCAUGACAAAGCUCUCGCUGAAGCUCUCCAUGGUGGUGUCCCACCACCCCCUUACAAAGGUGGGUCCAGCACCCUGCCCCGCAGUCGAGCCAGAUCCCCAGAACUGGUCAGAGCGCCACUGGACGUGGACACCACCCAGUACUGUGACUCUGCGGGUGAAGAUAGACGUACAAAUGACUCUGAGUCUGGAGACGAACUGAGCAGCUCUUCCACUGAACAUCUCCAGACUGUGUCUUCUGGCCAGGGCCGCCCCGAGUCACCUGUCUACAGCAACCUCCAGGAACUGAAGAUCACCCAGUCUACCCAGCCCCCUCUGCCCUCUGGCUCCCCGCUCCAUGUGGUUGGAGACUGGGAGACCCAUAAGGACCAGAAUGGUAGGCACUUCUACUACAAUCGCGCCACCCAGGAGAGGACCUGGAAGCCACCUCGAACCAGGGACAAUAGCACCAGAAACUUGCAAGGAGAGAGCCACAGCACCGGAGAGAGCUCAGAGCCUCUGUCAUCGGAGGACACCUGCUUCAGUACCUACUCUACCUACUCUAGCCAGUCAGACAGCCAAUAUGGCUCACCGCCACGUGGUUGGUCGGAGGAGAUGGACGAGUACGGUCACACGCUGUACGUCAGUGACUAUACUAACGAGAAGUGGUUAAAGCACGUUGAUGACCAGGGAAGACCUUAUUACUACAGUGCAGACGGCUCCAGGUCAGAAUGGGAGCUGCCGAAGUACAACCACUCCCCUCCCCAACCCUCUGGGGAUGCUCCAAAGACCCGCAGUCUAGACAGAAGAAAUGUGGAGCCCAUCGUCCUGACCAAGUGGAGACAUAGCGCCUACGUCCAGGACCCAGCUGACAAGCGGCUGUUAAAAACCAGGCGUUUCCGAACAGGCUCUGCACGCCCACAUCCAUACAAACACCAAGACGCUCCUUUGGGUCUCAAGCCCCCCUCUCCUGACUCUGACUCCUGCCCUUCGUCUCCCAAGCCCCCCGCCUCUCCAUCUGAAAAAUGUGGAAUUCUGAAUGUGACAAAGAUCACUGAAAAUGGCAAGAAAGUGCGGAAGAACUGGACUUCUUCCUGGACCGUCCUCCAAGGUUCAACACUCCUGUUUGCCAAAGGACAGGGAGGUGGAACUAGCUGGUUUGGAGGCGGUCAGUCGAAACCAGAAAUCACAGUGGAUCUGAAGGGCGGCUCAGUGGAAUGGGCUUCCAAAGACAAGUCCAGCAAGAAGCACGUUAUAGAGCUGAAGACUCGUCAGGGAACAGACCUGCUGAUCCAGUCAGAAAACGACAGCAUCGUCAACGAUUGGUUCAAGGCGCUGCAGGACACCAUCAGCAACCAUGCCAGUGAGUCUGAUGACCCCAUAGAGGCGGACAUGCCCGAGUCGCCUGGUGCGGAGAAACAUGACAAAGAGAAAGACCGCAGAGACUCCAAGAAAGCCAAAGCCAUGAAGCCCUCAACCAGCAUGGACUCCGCCGAGCACAAGAAGACCAGGCACAAGCUGAAGAAGCUCCUGACCGGCCGUCCCACCCUUCAGACCGUCAAGGACAAGGGAUACAUUAAAGAUCAGGUGUUUGGCUGUGCUCUUUCCAGUUUGUGUCAAAGGGAGAACACCACGGUGCCGAACUUUGUCAAAAUGUGCAUUGACAAUGUGGAGAACAACGGUCUGUCGGUAGACGGGCUGUACAGAACUUUGAUGGAUUUUGUCUUUUGUUCUGCAGAAAUAUCUGACCACAAACAUCGAGUUCAGUCGAUCAAAGAGCUGGUCAGACAGCUGCCCAAACCCAACCACGACACCAUGCAGGCUCUCUUCAAACACCUCAGGAAAGUGAUUGACUACGGCGAGGAGAACCGUAUGACGACCCAGAGCGUCGCCAUCGUAUUCGGCCCCACGCUGCUGCGGCCUGAAACGGAGACGGUGAACAUGGCGGUCCACAUGGUGUAUCAGAACCAGAUUGUAGAGCUUAUACUGCUAGAGUAUGAGAGCAUUUUUGGAAGGUAGAUGCCACAGGAUGAGCUUCUCUCUCUUUUUUUUUUUUUUUUCUUCUUUUCCUCUCCCAGUGCAGAGCUCUUCCUAACCUAGUGUGGCAGGCCUCGGGUCAACCCGGCCCAGCCUCGCCCUGCCCUGGUCUGGGCCAGCUUAUCCUGAACUCUUACCAACCUGGCUUCUCUGGUCGCUGACUUCUCCGAUCUUCAAAAUCUUAGACCAACAAAGCCAACCGAAAAUAUACGAUGAAAACAUCCAUAACUAUUGACCAAAAAGUUUGGACUCUUUGCACUUUUCAGUCUCGUUUUCUCCCGCAGCUGUAUUUGUGCCACUUUACUGCAAAGGUGGCGUCCUUCUGUCCUAUCACUGGAUUCCUAAAACUAUUAUUACUUACUAGGCCAAGCAAGCCUGAACUACUGCACAGACUGACGGAGGCCAAAGGAGCAGCAGCAGGUCCAGUAGGCUGUAUUUACAGAUGAGGCAGCAGUAUUGGGGGUUUAUGAUGCUGGAUGCAGCUUGUAUGUACUGUACUGUAAAUCUCAUUACUUGUAUAGUCACUCCUGUAAGAACCACACUGAGGAACCAACAGAAGGAAACCAAACUGUGGACUCUUUACCCUCGGACAGAAAAGGUGAAACAUGCUGACGCUGGAACAAGAAGAGGAGGGAAGAAUAUUUUUUGUUGUUGUUUUUUUAUUUUGUUUGUUUCGUUUUUCUUUUUUUACAUUUAGUUUAAGUGGAUCGUUCCCCCUCUCUUUGAAUCUGCUUCUCUGUAUUUUCUUGCUGAGAAACAGGACCAAGGUCCUCUGAACACAAAAAGGUUAUCGCCUCCGGUAUUGCAUCUGCACGCCACCGUCUUAGUUUUUAGAAUAAAUCAUCUAACAGUGGGCAGAACAUCAUCUUGGGGGGGACAAAACAAAUUAACGAUAUUGUACAGUGUUUGUGCGUGUGCAUGUGAAUGGGGAGGGUGGAUGGAUUCAUGAAUGAAUGAAUUAAAUAGCAAUAUAUUGUAAAAAUAGUAAAUAUAAGUACGCCUGGAGUGUUAAAAAUAUAUAUGAUGCAAGGGAGAAAUCACUAUUGUGUGAUCAUUGUGUAACCAACAGACCUGAGAAAUAAAAUUAUGAACUGGGAUGUGGAGGUUUACCUUUGAGUCAGUACUGUUGGCGUCUAACUGAAUUAAAGACCUCAAAUAAGA